AUGCAACCCUGGCCGGGAUUACACGAAGUGCCUGUAACAAUAGACCGCGGCUCCGCUAGACGUGACGCUGCAGUGCUACCUCCACUGAAGCUGUACAACCCAAGCAGGAUUAUCGGAGCCACUAGGCUCGGCUCUAUUCCCAAAUACAGAUUUUGCAACCCAUUUAUGCCGGCUAAUGUCAUGAGAGCGGUUUGUUUUCCCGUGCUUACGCAGCCCGGCGAGACCAUGGCGGAUGCCAACGUAAGCAAGGAUGAAUAUUGCCCGUUAGCUUAUCGGCGUGCCGACACGGUGGGCAGCAUAUUUAGAAGGAAUAUGAAUGAGUGUAACCGUUGGAUUUUCGGCGACAUUUCAGACCUCGGCUGCGCUACUGGAAUACCUAACGAAAAUGGUCCCGUGCGGGAUAUUAUGGAGAUGUGUAAGCUUAUGAUCGAUACGGCAAAUGCCGAAUUGCAUCCUUGGAACCGGGACUGGUGGAUGCAAGCACACAAUCCCGGUACGCCGCCCGGCGUGCAAUAUUGUCGCAGAGCCGUAGCACGCAAAGAACGCAAUUCAAUUGGUAAACAGUCGUAUCCGGCAAACAACGAUACGUGGUACAACGAAAACUUGCGCUUAGACUUAGAUAGGAUGUAUAACACCGCUGUUGGUGCCGGCUUUACGGACGACGGUAAAUGUUACAAGAUGACCUUUAGGCUUCCCAGCGUUAACAGGGAUGACGUUAAAGUUAGGAUUUACGGAGGUGUACUAACAGUUAGCAUCAAAUCUGAAGAGGUAAAUUACGGCAAGAAUGACUCCACUACUCGCUACUCACAACAAUUCCGCCACUCCGUCACAGUACCGAGGGACGCGAUGGAGCCACACGCGAAGGCCACACUCACAAACGGUACACUAACAGUACAAAUACCUAAAAGGUGUGAUAGAAUAUACGACUACGAUAACUAUUAG